GGUAAUUAAUUAGAAAUAAGGGAAAUCCGUGGUUUCACAACGUAAGAUCCUGGACUCACCUGACGAGUUUGUGUCCAGAGCCCUGAGAUGGAGCAUCCUGCCUCAGAAAUGAGUCCCUCUGGGGACAGUAAAGAGGAGGUCACUGACUCAGAUAAGAGUUUUAAAAGUAUCCAGGAGGAGAGAUUAGUGUCACCUGUACCCAGUUGUAUAUCCAUGAAAAGUAACAACUCAAUGCCUGAACCAAUCUUCUUUAAGAAUACUAAGGUUUCUGCAAGUCAAAGUGUGGAGCAGAAGGGAGCAGUCUCACCUGUACUCAGCUCAACACCUUGUUGUAAAGAUGAAACACUGAUUGGAUAUUGGCAGAAGCUGAUAUCCCGUCUGAAGGAGAAGUCUGAAUGUCUGUUUGAAGGCAUAGCUAAGCAUGGAAAUCCAGCCCAUCUAAAGGAUAUUUACACAGAGCUCUACAUAACUGAAGGUGGUACUGGUGGGAUCAGUGAUGAGCAUGAAGUGAUAUACAUUGAGAGAGCACUCAAAAAACCAGCUGUGCAAGAAACUACAGUCAAAUGCAGUGAUAUUUUUACACCCUUACAUGGAAAAGUAACACAUAUAAGAACUGUGCUGACACAGGGGAUCGCAGGUAUUGGAAAAACAGUGUCUGUGCAGAAAUUUAUUCUUGACUGGGCAGAAGGAAAAGCUAAUCAAGACAUUAAUUUCAUAUUUCCUCUUCCUUUUCGGGACCUGAAUUUGUUAAAGGAUAAAGAAUUCAGUUUAAAACGGCUGGUUCAUUACUUUCUCCCAGAAGUCAAAGAGUUUAGACUCACUCAGCUUUUGAAUUCCAAAGUUUUGUUUGUCUUUGAUGGUCUGGAUGAGUGUCGCCUUCCUCUAGAUUUUAAGAACAAUGAGAUCUGUUCUGAUGUGAGAAAGACAACUUCACUGGAUGUGUUGUUGACCAACCUCAUGAAGGGGAAUCUGUUUCCUCCUGCUCUCAUCUGGAUCACUUCCCGUCCAGCAGCUGCCAGUCAAAUCCCUCCUGAGUGUGUCGAUCGAGUGACAGAGAUACGAGGGUUCAGUGACCCUCAAAAGGAUGAAUACUUCACAAAGAGAUUCAGUGAUGAGAAUCUGGCCAAGAGGAUCAUCACACAUGUGAAGUCAUCAAGGAGCCUGUACAUCAUGUGUCACAUUCCAGUCUUCUGUUGGAUUUCAGCCACUGUUCUUGAGAGGUUCUUUGUUGAGAAACACAAUGGAGAAAUUCCCAAGACUCUCACUGAGAUGUACACACACUUCCUGAUCUUUCAGACCAGUUUAAAGAAUGAGAAGUAUCUGGAAAAACAAGAAAUGGACCCUCUGAAGUCUUUAGAAUUAGAUAAAGAAUUUGUUCUGAAACUGGGGAAGUUGGCUUUCAAAAACUUUGAUAAAGGCAAUCUCAUAUUUUAUGAGGAAGACCUGAAGGAGAUUGGGAUUGAUGUCAAUGAAGCUUCGGUGUUUUCUGGAGUGUGUACAGAAGUGUUUAGACAGGAGAUUGGGUUGUAUGAGGGGAAGGUUUACUGCUUUGUACAUCUGAGUGUUCAGGAGUAUCUUGCUGCUUUACAUAAGUUUCUCUUAAAUACUGACCCUAACCUGCUGGAGAGAACAGUAGAUGAAGCUUUAGAGAGCAAGAAUGGACACUUGGACCUCUACCUCCGUUUCCUUCUUGGCCUUUCAAUGGAAUUUAGUCAAAAGCUUUUAAAAGGACUACUGUCACAGACAAGGUCUUGUAACAUUAAAGAAGUAGUCAAACACAUCCGUAAGAAGAUCCAUGAAAAUCUUUCUCCAGAGAAGACAAUUUAUCUCUUCCACUGUCUGAAUGAACUGAAUGACAAUUCUCUGGUGAUUGAAGUCCAGAGUUACCUCAACUCAGGACGUCUUUCAGAAAAGAACAUUGGACCCACAGGGUGGUCAGCUCUGGCCUUUGUGUUGAUGAUGUCAGCAGAGGAACUGGAUGGUUUGGAUCUGAGAAAUUGCACCUUACGUGAUGAAGGUCUUCAUAGAAUGCUACCAGUGAUCCAGGUCUCCAGAACUGCUUUGCUGAACAAUUGUUCUCUUACUGUGGGAUGUUGUGAGGUUUUGGCCUCAAUUCUAAGCUCAGACUUGAACCUGAGAGUGUUAGACCUAAGUGACAACAACCUGCAGGAUUCAGGAGUGAAACUACUCUCUGCUGGACUCGGGAACCCACAGUGUAAACUGGACACACUGAGCCUGUGUAACUGCAGAGUCACAGAGGGAGGCCUUGCUUCUCUGGUUUCAGCUCUGUGUUCAAACUCUUCACACCUGAGAGAGCUGGAUCUGAACUACAAUUGCCCAGGGGACUCAGGGGUGAAGCUGCUCUCUGAUCUACUGCAGAACCCCACCUGUAAACUGAAGACACUUGGGCUGAAGAUGUGUGGACUGACAGAGAAAUGCUGUAAGGCUCUGGCCUCAGUUCUUACGUCAAACUCCUCACACCUGAGAGAGCUGGACUUGAGUGACAAUGAUCUGCAGGACUCAGGAGUGGAACUGCUCUCUACUGGACUGGGGAACAAACAGUGUAAACUGGACACACUGAGACUGUCUGGCUGUUGUGUCACAGAGGUAGGCUGUACUUCUCUGGCUUCAGCUCUGCGUUUGAAUCCCUGUUCACACCUGAGAGAGCUGGAUCUGAGCUACAAUAACCCAGGGGAGUCAGGAGUGAAGCUGCUCUUUGAUCUACAGCAGGAUCCCACCUGCAAACUUGAGACACUGAAGGUGGACCAUGGUGGAGAGUGCAGGAUCAGACCAGGACUCCUCAAAUACUCCUGUCGGCUCACAUUGGACCCCAACACAGCAAACAGACACCUGUACCUGUCUGAGAACAACAGGGUGGUAACAUGGAGUGAAAAGGAGUUGCAGCCAUAUCCUCAUCAUGCAGACAGAUUUGAUUGUUGUUCCCAAAUUCUGUGUGAAGAGCAUCUGUCUGGUCGCUUUUACUGGCAGGUUCAAUGGAGUGGAAAUAAGGCUCGCAUAGGAGUGACUUAUAAAGGAAUAAAUAGGAAAGGAGAUGGUGAUGAAUGCUGGCUUGGAUAUAAUAAUAAGUCCUGGAGUCUGUGCUGCUUUGGUGGAAGAUACUCUGUCAAACAUAAUAAGAAACAGACUUCCAUACCUGUACCCCCCUUUCACACAGUAGGCGUGUAUCUGGAUUCGCUGGCUGGCACUCUGUCCUUCUACAGAGUUGCCUCUGGUGAAGUGACCCUCCUGUACCGGUUCACUUCCACAUUCACUGAGCCCCUGUAUCCUGGGUUUUUGGUUUGGGACACAAUGUCCCUGUGUGAACUGGGGCAUGGACACACACUUGCGUAGUCUGUGUCAGAAAAUCAAACCAUAAACUUCAUAUUUAUGUUAGUGUUACUUUGUACUAUGUGCAUAAAAUUUUCUCUGUAUUGCAGAAAAUAUUUAUUCCAGUACAAUGUAUGUUUACUUUCUUAUUAUUUUACUGAUGUUGUAUAUACAAUUCAUAUGCACUGUGACUUUAUGAUCAUACCAAGAUAAGCCUUUAUACAGCUACUAAUCCUGUAUUGUAUGUAAAUGUUUGUGUACCUUUUUCAAAAAAAAAAAAAAAAAGUAGGAAGGUGUCAGGCACAGGAGACAGGUGAGUAGAGGACUCAGUUGCAGGUUGGUUUUAUUCAAGCAACCAGGAUUUGAAGGAACAGGACUUUCUGGGUAUGACCAUCACAAAGCAGGCAAGACCCAAGGGGCAAUUUACAAGAAUCCACAUUGAUGCGUGGGCACAGGGCUUCUUUUAUCCCGGAUCUUCUUAACUGGUCACAGGUGUCUCCGCUUUGCUCGUUCCCAGGGGCGUGACAGAAGGUGAUCAGGAUUAGUCUGUCCUGAGUUUUAUGCACCUACUCCUGUGAUGAACAUCGGUGCA